AUGAAGUACGCUACCUCCAUCCUCAUUGCUGCUUUCGCUGCUACCAAUGUUCUCGCACACGGUGUCAUUACUGAAGUUCAGGGUGCCAACGGUGUCAACCUGCCCGGUCUUUCCCUGCAGGACGGCACUCCUCGUGACUGCGCCUCUCCCGCCUGUGGCUCGGAGGCCGACACUUCCAUCAUCCGUGACAAGGAGCUCGGAACUUCCAAGGCUUCCGCUCUCGGCCGCACCAACGGUGGCGGCCCUGUCGACGCUGCCAAGAUGGUUUCUCUCUUCAUGGACGGUGCUGGUGGCAACACCACCGCCGCCAAGACUGCCCGUGAUCUGCACGCCGAGAACAAGGCUCGCUACGUCAGACUCGCCAUCCGUGCUGGCAACGGUGGCACCAAGACCCCCAAGGGUACUUCUGAGACCGGUGUCAAGGCCGCUACUGGUGCUGCCUCUGGUGGCAUGCCAACUACCGCUGAUGAUGGUACUCUGACCAUGACAUUCCACCAGGUCAACCAAGAUGGUGCUGGCCCUCUCAAGGCUCAGGUUGAUGCCACCUCCGGUGGUACUGACGCCUCUGCAUUCAAGACUGCCGAGGUCACCCAAAACGUCCCUGGUAUCGGCAUUGGCGGUCUCUCCGCUGCCUCUACCAUGGACUUCCCUGUCGCCAUCCAGAUGCCCGCAGGUAUGACCUGCCAGGGCUCCGUUGGUGGUGCUGAGAAUGUCUGCGUUGCCCGCCUCCAGAACUCCGCUUUGGCCGGUCCCUUCGGUGGUUCCGUUGCUUUCACGCAGAGCUCCGCUGCCAAGAAGCGUGCCAUUGAGCACAACUUGGCCAAGAAGCGAUUCGCUCGCAACCUUGAGAGCCAGCAGUAA